GCUCAGCGCAUCAGGAUGGGGAGGGUGAUGGAAUGUGCGCAAAAGUUUGGGGUGAGACCUGUGCCUUGGUGUCACUUGUUCAUCUCUGCUCCUUGGAUUGAGACAGAAACCAGCGGGAUCUUAACGUGGAUAACGUGAAAUAGGAUCUUUGCCUUGGUCGAGUCUGUGGAGAGCUCAAUCGAAGAGGAAAUUUCCAAGGGAAAUAGCUAUAUUUCAUGGGCCGUUCUGUGCGGCAUCUGCUGGCUGGAAUGAGGGGGCUCGGGAGCCGUCUUUGCAUCUGGCUCCUGUUGAUCAUCUUCUCCAGUGUCUUUGGUGUUUACUAUCCUCCUCACGUGGAGCAGCUCCCGACCAUCACCGGUCAGACCUCAGGCUCUCUCAUUGCCUUACCGUAUGAUGAAAGCUUCAUCCUCAAGUGUGAGGCCAAAGGCAACCCAAGUCCAACCUACCAUUGGACAAGAAAUGGAAUUGAUUUUUACCCACAUAAAGACCCUCUACUCACAACAGAAGAGACUUAUGGGACUUUUGUGAUACCCAACACUAAAGAUAAAGUGAAAUACCAGGGAAUGUACAGAUGUUACGCCACAAACAAGCUUGGAACUGCAAUAUCAGAUGAAACUGAAUUUAUUGUGCCAUCGCUGCCCAAGUUCCCCAGAGUGAAUUUGGAGCCACUGGAUGUAAAGGAGGGAGACUCAGCGCUCUUGGAGUGUAACCCGCCAACAGGGGUUCCACCUCGACAACUGUACUGGAUGAACUGUACCGAUCUGAAGCACAUCAAGCAGGACGAGAGGGUGUCCAUGGGCCUGAACGGAAACCUGUACUUCUCUAAUACGCUGGCGCCAGACAGCCACAAUGACUACUGCUGUUUUGCAUCCUUUCCCAAGAUACGCACCAUCGUUCAGAAGCCACGCAUGGCUGUGAGGGUCAGGACAAUAAAUUCGAGCAAGGAUGAUGACGUUAUGUGGGCUCCAGAGAGGAAGCCGAACAUUAUAGCACCAUUAGGUCUUUCAACAAGUCAUGUAAAAAAAGGAGACGAGCUUCAGCUGGAGUGUAUCGCAGAAGGACUGCCAACACCUAUAAUACAGUGGACUAAGAUGGGAGGCAUCUUACCGGAGCAUGCAGUUAUCAACAACUUCGGGAAGCUUUUGAUCAUUCCACGCAUCAUGCCAGAGGAUGAUGGGAAAUACACAUGCACGGCACUGAAUUCUGUUGGAGAAGAUGUUCGGCAUUUCCAUGUUAUUAUGGAGGAGCCCCCCAGCUGGAAGGAGGAGCCAGUGAGGGAUCUUUUAGCAGAGAUUGGAUCUGACAUCCACAUCAAGUGUUCGGCUACAGGAAAACCACAACCUUCAAUCACCUGGAAACGAAACGGGCGGCCUCUGGAUGAUUUACCCUCCACAAAUCAGCAAGUGCUGGAUGACAGCGUAAUCUUACACGGAGCCCAGAAAAGCGACAGCGCGGUAUACCAGUGCGAGGCCUCCAACAGACACGGGAUCAUCAUCGCCAAUGCUAAUAUCCUGGUCAUGAAUCACCCACCUUUGCUUUUGACACGGAAUUAUCUGGAGUACGCCACCAUGUUGGGGAAGAGUGUGAUUAUGGACUGUAAAGUCUUCAGCUCUCCGCUCGCCACCAUUCACUGGACAAGAGAAGACCCAGAGGGCUCGGUAGAUUGGGAGAGAUGUUCUCUCCUUAAGAACGGCUCCCUGCAGAUUCACAGAGUCGAGAAGGAAGACAUGGGCCAGUACAAAUGUUUCACGAACAACUCGGAGGGCACGGCCAGCAUUUUCACUGAACUCUUCGUCAAAGAUUCAACCUGGAUUGUAGAAGCUCCUCAGGAUAUGAAGGUUGAAAGAGGAUCUACGGCAGAACUUGAAUGCCAGGUGAAGUCCGACCCCACCCUGAGCAGAGAGCUGGAGGUCCUGUGGGUAAAGGAUGGGAUACAAAUCAUCUCUAACCUCUCAGAAGGAUAUGCCAUAGAAUAUGGGACUCUCCAGAUAACCAAUGUGAGCCAUAGUGAUGAAGGAAAUUAUACCUGCAUUGUUCGAACAUCGCUGGACCAAAACCAGGCUUCUGCAUAUGUAACCGUGUUAGAUGUCCCUGAUCCACCGGUCCAGCUGUUGCUGUCUGAUCUGAAAGAGCGAAGCGUGAAGCUCCAUUGGGAAGCUGCCUCUGAUCACAACAGCCCUAUAACAGAGUUCAUCAUCCAGUUUGAAGAGAACCACUGGGAGCCGGAGAAAUGGAAGGAGCUUCUACGAGUCGCCAGCAGUCAGUUCUCAGCCCCCCUGACGCUGUACUGCCACAUUAAUUACCAGUUCAGAGUCAUCGCCCUCAAUGCUGUCGGAAGAAGCCAUCCCAGCAUGCCCUCUGAACGAUACAGAACACCUUCUUGCGCUCCUGACAGGAACCCGGAAAACAUUAGGAUUGAGGGUCACCUGCCACAUCAAAUGGACAUCAGCUGGGAGCCUCUCUUGCCUGUGGAGCACAACAGUCCCGAUUUGGAAUAUAAACUGAGCUACAGGCUUCUGGGGGUCGAGGACAGUUGGAACGAGCAGAUGGUGAAGAGACACUCAUUUCUAGUGGAAAACACCCCGACGUUCGUCCCGUUCGAGAUCAAGAUCCAGGCCCACAACAAGCACGGGUGGGCACCAGAACCCAGAGUGGUUACGGGUUAUUCGGGGGAAGACCUGCCCUUAGCAGCUCCAGGGAACGUAUCUGUGAAGGUUUUGAACUCCACACUGCUGAGGGUCAGCUGGUUACCGGUGCCUCAUGCCGCUCUUAGGGGUCAUCCUGUAGGAUACAUGGUGCACUGGUGGCAGACUCAAAGUCUUCUGACCUCUAAGAGAAUCCCCUCAGAGAAGCAGUCUCUCACCAUCCUUGGAAACAGAAGUCACACCAUGGUGCCAGGACUGAAGCCUUUCUCUGAAUAUAACCUGACUGUCAACGUCUUCAACAGGAAAGGGAACGGGCCCAGCAGCAGCGCCGUCUCUUUCACAACUCCACAGGGAGUUCCUGACAAACCUCAUAUACUGAGAGCCACAAACUUUCAAAAAAACUCCAUCACGCUGGUGUGGGCGCCUCCGCGCAAGGCCAACGGCUUUCUCACGGGUUAUCUGCUGAAAUACCAGACAGUUGGUGAGACCCUGGGCGAGCUUAAAUCCGUGAACAUCAGCUCACCAGACACGACACAGUGGGUCCUGCACAAUCUGCAGGAAGACCACCGGUAUAAGUUCUAUCUGAGCGCAUGCACGCAGAUGGGCUGUGGUUCGGUCGCCAAUGAGGAGGGAGGAACCGUCCCUGAAGCAUGGCAACGUUUUUCUGUAACCUCACCUACUUUGUGCACUUCUAGUGUCAUCAAAACCUUUCCUAACUUAGUUGUGCUCAACGUAACCACCUCUAUAAGUGACACCUUUGCAAGAAUACACUGGAGCACCACAGGAGAGGACUCUGAUUCAGAGCUCUAUGUUGCGAUAAUUAAUCAACGUGGUGGUGUCUGGCAGAUUUCUGGAGCUGUAAACACAUCUAAAGGUUUCCACCUCAUUGAAGGGCUCAGCCCAGAAACUGUGUACAAAGUUCGCCUGCUGGCUUCACACAGGCUUGAUGACUUUAGUUAUUUUGAGGAGGUUUUCAAGACGAAGAAAGCUACUAGUAAGCAACUGGAGGCAUCCCAGCAGUGGAUUGUGGUACUGAUGUGUGUGAUGGCUUUGCUGACUCUGCUUGUUCUCAUCGGCUGUUUUGUGAUCAAGAAAAAAGGCGGCAAGUACGCAGUGAAGGAAAAGGAGGAAAUUCCAGCUGAUCCGGAAUCUCACGGCAUGAAUGAAGACGCUCCAUGUGACUACAGUGAUGAAAAACCACUGAAGAGCAGCCAACAAUUGUUUGGAGGCAUCAAAGAAGACAACAGCAGCGAAGACAGCUCUAUAAUAUCAGAGGGCGACGACUGUGAGUUUGAUGAAGAUGGCUCGUUCAUUGGCGAGUACGCGUGUUACAGACGCAGGGCGUCGAUGGAGUCAAACGGACAGCCUCCGUUUACUUCUUAAGAUGCUGGUGCAGCCUUAUUUUUGACUUUUAAACAAUUUACAGGGAGAAAGACAUGUUUGUUUGUGUGUGUGAUGUGUACUGUAUGUGUUUUUUUACGAGGUUGCUUAUGUGUGAAUGGGAAUUUUUUACAGUGUUAAUAUAAAGGGUGAAAAGUUAAACAGUUCACCCAAAAAUUAAUAUUCAGUCAUUGUUUACUCACCCUCACAAAAAUAGUCUAUAUGACUCGAUACACAAUAUUGUUUUUGAAGCCAUACAGUAGUUCUGUGUGUACAGAAGACAAACAUUUGGCAUUUAUAGUAUUUGCAUUCCAUAUGUGCAUGUAUGGCAUGUUAUGUCAUGCAAAUGCUAAAUGUCUAUGGAGGAAUGAAAAUUUGACAGUAUGAGAUUUUAUUAACAUGAGGGUGAAACAACGAUAACAGAAUUUUUAUUUGGGGGUAAACUAUUACCAAUUUGGUAACACUUUGCAAUAAGGUUUUAUGUAUUUGUUUACAUUGGUCAAUGCAUUAGCUAACACAAACUAACAUUGAGCAAUACUUCUACUGCAUUUAUUCAUUUAAAAAAAUAAUUAUGUGGGUUUAUUACAAAAAUAAACAUAUAUUAACUUUAAAUCUAUUAAAAUCUUUUAACUUUUUUAUAGUGGGACAUAAUUUAAAAAAUGAAUAAAAUUCCAACAGUUUAUAUAUAUAAUUUAAGUUUAUUUAAUGAAAAAAUAAUUUACUUUAAUAAUUAACAAGUAAAAAAUUCAUAUACACUUAAUCAUUUUUGGUGAAUUCUAAUUGAAAUAUAUGAGUUACUCAGAUUACUUACAUUUACUCAAUUUAAACAGUAUUUCAUUGAUUUCACAGUUUUCAAAUUUAAUAUUUUUUUGAGUGUAAAUUGUUUCAUGUAGAACCACAGUAAUUCUUUUUUGAGUGAAAUAGAUUAGUUAUGCACUCUAAGCUAACAUGAGCAAUUGUAUUGAUAUUAACUAUCAUUAAAAAAAGUAUAAAUGCCCCCAAAAAAUUGAUCAUUAUUAGUUCAUGUCACUAAUGUAAACAAAUACAACCUUAUUGUAAAGUCAUCCCUUAAAUUUUGGGCUAAGCAAAAAACUUAUAUGCAGGCUUGCCUAACAACAAAACAAGCAUACUGCUUUAUGCACCUUAGAAUUAAUGUGGACCAGAAGUUUACGGGUGGAUUAACAUUUCCUGCACCAUAAAAAUAAAUAAUUCAUGGUCUGUCACAGAACUGAUAUCUUGACAGCGCAGUUUUUUCUUAUAUGUUUCCUUGUGUGGGUAAUCACAUAACCUCUCUGUUCACCUUUCAGCAAAACACUAACACAAUGUGACAAAACAAUUAUGUUUAGAUGCUUCUAUAUAUCCAAAAAAACACAUCGUAUCUGUUUAAACACGGGUAAACAUUUAAUAGUUAGAUCCAAUAUUUUUAUUCUACAGAAUGUGGAUCUGAACGCACAUAAACUACACGUCAGCUUGAGGUUUAUGCAGCUGACAGAGUUCUAUAAAUAAUGUGAGAUUCAAGAUUGCCUUAUUAGCUUUUUGCAUCCUGCAAGUAUGGUCAUGUCCCUCAAUAUACUUUUGUUGUUUUUAGCAGCAUUGUGCAUUUUAUUAUUCUGUAUCGGGUCCAAAUUAUUUUUUGGAUUAUUAUUCAGAUAGAUGGUUUGUAUUACAUGACAAAUCAUUUAAAUUUCAUGUGUCUAUAAAACUAGGGUCUAUCCAGCCUGUAAAUCCCACAAUACAAUUUUUAUUAUUGAAAUAUAUCCAUAUAUGAGAUGAGAAUUUUUGUAAGAUUUUUGCUAUUUAAAAAUAUAUAUGCGAGAGGUUAAACCUGUUUUGCACUCCAUGUUAUGUAGAUAAGAGAUGUUUUUAUUUUUUUGAAUUUCUCUUUUUGCAUUUGUGUUUGGUGCAGUUUAUUCUGCCUGAAAAUAUUUUUGCUUGUACUCAGGAGAUUUUAUUAUAGAAUAUUCUGUGUACUUUUAUUUUGUCAAAGAUCAUGUUUACCUUCUCGCUAUGUUUUGUAUUCAAGCACAAUAUUGCUCUGAAAUGUUCCAGAGGGAAGUCUAUCAAGACAUUUUGUUCCUCUAAACCUGUAUGAUUUCAGUUUUCACCACAUAAAGAUUUAGGCUAAAUAAACAAUUUUUACAUUA